UCCGUCACCUGUGUAGGUUGUAUGCGCGCACGCAUCGCGAUUCGCUAAUUUGAAUUUUAUCUCGUUAAACCGGACUGGUUGAUUGUCCGAUAUUUUCUCGCUUGUUCCGUUAGUGUUUAGUGCUUGUGACAUUGAAAAUACUAUUUGUGACGGCCAGUGCUUUCUUGUCGACCGGAUUUCUCACUUUAAGAUACACAAGAUUAUAAUCCAGCAUCACAUCAUACUAGAAAAUCACUUUUCUAAAUAGGUACAAAUAAACAAGAAAAACAGGCUAUCGUGCGGAUUAUAGACCUACAUUCGAGCGACCGGAACCAUUAUGCCUUAUACAUCAACCAAUAUCUAAACCGCCACCUGACUAGAAUAACAACCGGAAGAGCCGUUACCUAAUUAUGUCGAUUCAUUAAUCGAUAAUGAUGGAGGAGGUAACAACCCGGCCGAAUCUCGAGUACAUCGCCCCUCUCUCAACCAAAGUGAUGCCGAGGACCGGAUCGACUACUUUUACACAAAUCACUAGCGAUGAUUCUAAACUUAGAGUGAACGGAUUCUCUGAUAGCCGUGCUAACAUGGACUCUCUAAGUUCGAUGCACUCGCUUGUCCUUGAUUCUAAGGCACCAUCAGCAACGGUAUUUGUUGCGGCGACCCAGUCAGAUCGACCUGAGAGCACGCCUUGCACAGACGCACUAACCGCAAACGGCCCGCACGUGGUUACAAUCAGAAUAAACACAGACACAGAUAAGCCUAAAGCCCCAAAAAUAUCAAGUGUUCAUCUCAAAAGUGAGGUCGACUUUGAUACUUUCAAGAUCAGCGAUGCAAACAAGAAAAACAACAGUCUCGUCCGGCUCAACGUAGAGGAAAGCCGUCCGAAAAUACUCGAAGCGGAAGAGUUCUCCAAGGUCGAUAAAGCGCCGUAUAUUUACUGUAACUCGUACGUGAAUCCGAUGACCAACAUGAUAAUGUCAAGCGGCCAGUGCUCACCGAGCGACACGUUAGAUUCAGGUACGUGCAGCGACCUUGACGGAACACCGCCCCCUCUACCUAAAAAGAAAUUGUCGAAAUCUACCAAGAAAUCUGUAUCUGUUACAGUCAUUAGCUCUAUAAGAAAUCAGGGUGAAUUAGAUUUUGAAGAUAACGACUCCAACAUAUCGUGUGACUCAUUAAACAGCAGCGAAUUGAAUGGGAGCGUGCAUGCCGACGAAAGUCACAGCGAAGACGCGAGCAAAAAAGAAAAGAAACAAUCGCCUGAGCCUUUGCAAACGUUCGCUAAAGUAAACAAUAAAGAUAGCUUUCUACCGCAGGGUUUGUUGCAAGAUAUUAGAGACCGCACAGCGAAACUAACGACUGUCGACAUUGAAAGUGAUUCGUCAGACGAACGUCAAAGGGAAGUUAGCCAGAAUAUUAAUGAGAAUGUUAAUAUUCCAAAAGAAAGUGUGCAGUUGACGUCAUUCCUAUUGGUUUCCCAGUACAACAACGAGUUGAAAAAGAACAGUUCUGAGACCCCGGAGAGCGAGAGACAGAGUCCUAAAUCACCAAUUAUAACGGAAACUACAUAUGAGGAGAGAAAAAGCUUGGAAAAAAUGAAGGAUGAUCAAAUUUGUUAUAGUAGCCAUUAUUUUGAUACGGAUAAGUUUUAUGAUUUUCAUCUGAAUGAAAAACAAUUCGAUGACGUUUCAGUGAAAAGUGUUAGUGUUAAAAGUGAGUGCCCCGAGUCUGAGAUGGAAUAUUUUGCCGGAAUAAAGGACUUUAAGAGUGAAGAGGCGCCCUCUACAAUAAGAAGUUCAAAGGGAACAAUUCGUGGCGUGAAAAAUCGCGUCCGCGCCGGUAUUGCGACAUUCCUCCAAAUGCAAACCACUACUAAGAGUUACAAAGAAAAAGAUGCCGGAAAAGUGGUUGUGUACACCACAACUAUGGGAAUCGUGAGGAGCACGUACCAACGAUGUGUGCUGGUGAAAAAGAUCUUGAGAAACCUCAUGAUAAAGUUUGAAGAACGGGACGUCUUUAUGAGCGUGGAGUACCAGGACGAGAUCAUGGAUCGGAUGAAGAGUGACCAGAUCCUAGUGCCACAGCUGUUCGUUGAUGGAUAUCAUAUUGGGGACGCAGACACAGUCGAGAAAUUAAAUGAGUGUGGAGAAUUGAGGAAGAUGCUGAAACCAUAUAAGAGUCCAGACGCCUGCAACACCUGCCAAAUGUGCGGUGGCUUCCGCCUUCUCCCGUGCCGCAUCUGCAAGGGAUCCAAGAAAAGCCUACACAGAAACCACUUUACAGCCGAAUUCGUCGCUUUAAAGUGUAUGAAUUGUGACGAAGUCGGCUUAGUACGGUGCGAAGCGUGUUCUUGAUGCGUGUGCGCUGAAAUAUUAAAACAUUUCUGCUCCAAGUUUGCUAUUCCUAUGGAAAAUGUGAAUAGGGACAUUCCAUUGAAGCUUCAAAUACAUUUUUAUACAAGUAUUGAUUCAAUAAUGCGCACACGCUCAUGAAAAAUAUAUUCUCUUAGUUUUCGUACAAGUAUCUACGAGUUGCAGGGAUACCUUUAU